AUCAUUCCGAGGGAUUCGGAGAUUUGCUAGGAAGAGAAAUCUGGUAUCUGGUAACGGCAUGGUCGGAUCGCCGAUUCCGGUCUACUCCGCCUGCCAGCAUGUCUUUCCUCGUUUAAGACCCCUUCUCCUUUACUUUCUGUCGAAAGCUCCUCACUUUUACAAAACGUAGCUUGGGAUAACGGAACGGGCAGGUUGCGGUCUCUCGUUGGAAAAAUUAACUUCGACUCUGCUCGACACGGAAAGAAAGGAUCAGGACAUGGGAAAGCUGGAAGAAUUUCCUCCGGAACUGCUUAUAAAGCAUCCUCUGCAAAACACGUGGACCCUCUGGUAUUAUGAGGCCGACCGAAGUAAAACCUGGAGGGAGAAUCAACGGGAAAUUACUAGUUUCGAUACCGCCGAGGAUUUCUGGAGUUUAUACAAUCACAUAAAAUCAGCAUCUGAAUUGAGACAAGGUUGUGACUAUAGUAUGUUCAAACAAGGUAUUUUACCAAUGUGGGAAGACGAAGCAAACAAAAAUGGUGGAAGGUGGUUGAUUAAUUUAGAUAGGAAGCAAAGGGUCGACUUAGAUCACUUUUGGUUAGAAAUACUUCUCUGUAUGAUCGGAGAAGCCUUUAACGAAUAUUCAGAUGACAUAUGUGGAGCAGUUGUUAAUGUCAGACCAAAAGGCGAUAAGCUUGGAGUUUGGACUGCCGAUGCACAGAGAUCGCAGAGCGUUAUGGAAAUUGGACGUAAACUAAAAGAGCGGUUAAGGAUCGUAUCGGGCACAUCCAUAGGGUACCAAGUGCAUAAAGACACGAUGGUCAAGUCUGGUAGUACAACUAAAAAUACAUAUUUCGUAUAAACCAUCGAUGCUCGUUAUCGCUGAUAUUGUCAUUUCUCUCUAUAUUCUCCGAGUGAGUACAAAAUGGAGAGAUACCAAUCUUUUUUAACAUGAACAAAACUGAUGUUAAAGUGAAAAAUAUGAAAUGACAUAAGAAACCAACAUGCCUUCUUCUUAUACGAACAAUUUCAUGGGAAGCUCGGGACUGAAGGGAAAUUUGUUUUGUCGUUAAUACACAUUUCUCUGGUUACCAGUGACCGAGUGAAAGUUAAUAAAGUUAUUAAUCGAAUUCGUUAACGAUGUAUUGAUGUGGACAUUUAUAAUAAAAUGUAUAUUUGUCUUGAGUACAGUUUAUGGGUCAGGUAUGCAGAUUGUUGCACUUUUAUUCACUGUUUCAAUAUGUGCAUUAGAUAGAUUUAUUAUACUUAUAUUUUGUACUUUCCAAUCCUAUUUAGUACAUAAAUGUGGUGUAAGUACAUAGAAAAUAUAUUAAUAGAUAAAUCUGGGCACUAUUUCAACUGUUGUACAGUUAAAUACUGCACUAUGCUAUAUCAUAAUGGAAGAGAAGUGUAACAAACUGACAAUUGCAAUACUGAUCUAGAGUAACGUGCUUUGAGAAUUAUUUAAAAUGUAGUUUGAUUUCAUGAGUGUUUAUAACACUGAAUGUAUUGGCGCGUAUUUGAUAUAUUAAGUAUGUAUUAAAGAAUCUUUCAGUGAA